GUGCGCACAUCGCCUGUGGUUUCAGACACCCGAGUCCAUAGCGCUAAGAUUCUUUAUCAAAAACCUGUUGAGGUAAUCCUUGCAUGACACUUAAAACUUUCAAUUUUGGAGGUUUCUAGUAACUGUUUGACAUUUUGUCAGUCUUUAAGGCCUGAGCAAACUGCCAAUCCGAUGUAUCGGACAUGGCUACAGUUCCUCGCGCUUCUGGGUGGAUUUGCAGUGCCAGGUGUGCUGCGAGUCGGUGGGAUGGAGGUUUUUAUGUCCAAUGAGGUGGAGGCAGUGAACGGGACAGAAGUGAGACUGAAGUGUACCUUUAAGUCCAAACACCCCGUGUCCCACUCCUCUGUGACUGUCUCCUGGAACUUCCGUCCCUUGGGCCAGGGAGACGAGGAGUCGGUGUUUUACUACCAGGAGACGGCAUACCCCCCUACAGAGGGGCGGUUUAAGGGCCAUGCGGUGUGGUCGGGGGACAUCCUGAGACAGGACGCCUCCAUCAGCCUCCAGGACGUUCCCUUCACCUUCAACGGUACCUACACCUGCCAGGUCCGCAACCUGCCUGACGUCCACGGCAUCAACGGAGAGGUCACCCUCAGGGUCGUCCACAAAGUCUCCGUCUCUGAGAUAGGCAUGCUGGCUGUAGCCAUCGGGGCAGCCAUCGCCAUAGUCCUGGUGGUGCUGGGCAUCUUUGUGGUGUGCAAGUACCGCAAACUCAACCGCCACGACAACACAGACCUGGAGCUACAGGGGAGGGAACUGCAGGAGAGAGAGUUAAAUGCCAGGAUCCUAGAGGAGAAAGAGUUAAAUGCCAGGAUCCUAGAGGAGAGAGAGUUAAAUGCCAGGAUCCUAGAGGAGAGAGAAUUAAAUGCCAGGAUCCUAGAGGAGAGAGAGUUAAAUGCCAGGGUCGUAGAGGAGAAAGAGUUAAAUGCCAGGGUCCUAGAGGAGAGCGAGUUAAAUGCCAGGGUCCUAGAGGAGAGCGAGCUAAAUGCCAGGGUCCUAGAGGAGAGCGAGCUAAAUGCCAGGGUCCUAGAGGAGAGCGAGCUAAAUGCCAGGGAGAAGAAGGAGUGGAAGGACCCUACAGUGUGUUGA